AACCACAGCUGUUUUCGAACAAUUGUGUGUCUGUGUUGUACAUGUAUAUAGUAGCCAGGCGGAUUAACCUUGAUACAACAUGUCCUAGGUGUAUAUCUCAAGACCUACGGUCACAUAUGGUUAAGGAUUUUAACAGUUGAAUUUGUGAUUACGGAUAAUUCAUUGUCCCGAAGCUAGUCAGAGGUCGGGCUUGGGAGAGCCCAUUCCGAUAAGUACACAAUUUUUACGAACUUGAAGUUCAUGUCUACCUUAAGACCGCGUAAAUUCUUCACGAAGACCUCGAUCUGCAAUGACCUAACAUCUGGAUGAAUGAGAAACCCAAAAUUCUGAAUAUCUAAUUGGAUAUAUACUUUAAAGGCUUACAGCUUAUGACCUAGAGUCUCGAUGACUAGUAUACCUAUCCCGUCUUCCCCGUGGUGAUCAAGUACAACUGACGAUGGUAUACAUUGUCGUAGUUUCAAUAGAGCAAUCACGAAGAACAGUGUAUACACUUGAGUGGUUUACCACAAAGCUUUGGAGAUUUUUCCAGACGUCGUUUUUGUGUUUCACGCUUUGGUUCACUUACAAUACGAACAGAAGACAGUGACAGUCAAACUGAAAGGAAAGCGGUUUCAGGGAGUAAAAUCUACUGGUCGGCCCUGUGCCAGCAUAGAUGGUUUGCAACGACAGCCAACUUUGAGGGAAUUUUGGUGUAAGGCCAGUCUGAGAGCGAUUAUGCUGACUGACUACAAAGUGAUAUUAAAUAUUUGAGCGACAGGACUGUGUUAGUAAAUCCUUGCUUUUCGGCUGGGUCGGCUAUAGUACGCCCCAUUGUUAUCUUAUACAGGCGCUAAAGGCUGGUUUGUUUACAUAGUGUACAUAGGGUUAUAAAACUCCCCCCUUACAUUAUGGAGCCCCUCAAUCCAAAGGAAGACAUCGUCGAAGGUGGACGUUUAAAGAGGCACGGAUUAGCGUCCAAGAUGAAGGCGACGAGAGACUGUUGUGUUGGCUUUAUCAAGUCAAAUUUGCUGGUGUUGCUUAUGUUAAUUGGAGUACUUGUUGGGAUCGCCAUUGGGGUAGGCUUGAAUUCUAUGGACCCCAAACUUAGCCAGCCAGAAAUCGUCUAUCUUCGUUUUCCGGGAGACCUUUUUAUACAGAGCAUGAAGAUGUUACUUAUCCCGAUCGUUGUGUCGAGUCUCUUGUGCUCUACUGCCGAAAUCGACAUCCGGUCUUCAGGAAAGAUUGGCCUUCGAGCUUUGGCCUAUUACAUCGCUACCCUCGUGCUUGCGUCUAUACUGGGGAUUACUUUGGCAGUGACUAUCCGCCCGGGAGAGAGGACAAGUGGCCAGAUUGUUGGGGGAGAUGACAAAUACUCGCUGUCCUCUAGUCCGGGCCUCGCCUUCAUGGACCUCUUCAGAAAUAUGGUCCCCGACAACCUAGUUGAAGUGUGCUUUCAGUCGAAAAAGACAAGGGAGGUGACAGAGAUUAUCAAACCCUCUGACAAUGUGACUGCUUCCAACAUUUCUGCUUUAGAAACCAUCAUGUCAGCUUUAAAGAAUACUUCCGACGAAUCAGCAGAGGAAGGCGUGAAGAAGCUGGUGAUAGAGAAAGUGAAUGGCAUUAAUAUGAUCGGCUUAGUUGUCAGCUCCAUCGUCUUCGGCUGCGUCACUUCCGCUGCUGGAAACGAGGCUAAGCCAUUUUUAAGUUUCUUCAAAGCUCUGAGAGCCGUUAGUUUCAAACUGGUCUCCAUAUUUAUCUGGUAUUCUCCUGUUGGUAUCGCUUUCCUCAUCGCUGCAAAGUUGGCGGAAAUGGAUGACCCGGCAAAAACCUUCAAGGAUUUGGGUAUUUUCGCCGUGACGGUUGUAACAGGCCUUGUCAUACAUGGUUUCGUCGUGCUCUCACUCAUUUACCUGAUUUUUGUCCGCAAAAAUCCUCUGCGGUUCCUACCAGCCAUGUUUCCAGCCAUGGUCUUUGCCUUUGGAUCCGAAUCCAGUAGCGCCACUCUGCCUUUGACCAUCAAGUGUCUGGAAGAGAAGAAUGGAGUGGACCCGCGAGUGACCAAGCUGAUAGCGUCUGUAGGGGCCACUGUCAACAUGGACGGCACCUGCCUCUAUUUCACCAUGAUGGCCAUCUUUGUAGCUCAGCUGAACGGAGUUCCAUUGUCGGUUGGACAGCUGGUGACUAUCAGCAUCCUGGCUCUGUCCAUAGCCAUGGGUGCGGCUGGGAUUCCUGGAGCCGGUGUUGUCUACAUGAUCAUGAUACUGACCUCCAUGGGCCUGCCUACGGAAGACAUCAGCACCCUUUUGGCUGUGGACUGGUUCUUGGCCCGCUGUCGAACGGCGAUUAAUGUGUUAGGGGACGGAUACGGGGCUGGAAUCAUAGAACACUUGUCUCGGCACGACCUGCGGAAGAUGACCGCGAAGGAUGCCAUGAACGGAUCCACGAAGGCGUUACCGGACGGCGAGCCGGAGUCACACGUAUCCCGUCUGUGAGGACUGUCAGGCUACAUGCAUAUAUGGAACCGUCUCUCGCCAUCAAUGCAAUAAUGGGAUUACCACAAGCUUUGUGAAUAUUCAGGGGAGUGAGACAGAUUCGUUAUUCAUGUCUGUGACUUUUAGGUCUUAGAUCUUAUCUUAUUCUCAGAAAACCCAAAGGGCUUUCGUGUACUUGCACAAGGUGUCACAAAUGUUUUUGAUUCCGUGUAUAUCAAGGAGUACACCUGCUGAAAAAAGUUCAUUAUAUAGUCAGUAAACAACUACCGGUACAUUAUAUAUCAUGAGUGAUGACGUCGGCGGCUUUGCUUUUAUAGUUAUUGACAUUGACCUUAUUUUAAAGUGUCAAUAUUAAGAUGUAUCUCAGGAUAGUGGAAGAAGGCUUAUCGCUGAUGGUCAUAAACCAUGGAAUACGCAGUCUUCCCAAAAUGAUCUGUUAAUAGCGGACCAGUGUUAGUUAGUGGUUUGUUCUGACAAAUUAACAGGUGAACCCAGAGGAAUUAUUAAUUAGCUUACAAAUCGAAAUCACGAUGCGUACUUCUACACCUUCAUUAGAUGGUUAAUGCCCACGAGAAAAGAUGGACAAAGGCCAGUCUGCAACAUCUUAGAGUAUAGUACAAGGAAUAUAUAUAUAUAUAUAUAUGGACCCAUACCAACACGAAUAGACGUGAGUGAUGGAAAUGAACAAGUUGACUCGCACAUUGAUUACAAAAACCCACAUUAUAAUUAUGUCAGUAUAUGAUAAUAUCAGGCAGUAUGGUGUUGAUUUAAACUAUCUGAAUCUGGUAGUGAGAACCUGAAAUAUUUUGCACCCUAAUACGUCGGUUCCUAUAGUUGUGUAAAAACACAUCGUUGCCUAUGAUUGCAUUUUGCUUUCCGAACACACAGAAUAUACAAAUAUACAGAAGCAAUGACGUGUAACAUGAAGGAACAUGAAGUCCACCGCUUGCACCCACUUGUUUCUAGCCUCACUGUAUUCCCCAUGCGUCUUACGCUUGUAAUAAAUCAGCCUAUCGUGUAUAAGAAGUUCGUCUAAUAUGGCAGAAUUUUGGUCACAUUGCAUGUCAAUGCCCUGGAAAUAAUAGGUGUGGCAUCUUUAUGUGGAGUCAUCCACCUGCAUUUUCCUCAUGGAUGCGUUUAUGGUGAAUGUGCCAUGUUAUACGUUUUACACUUGGCCUCAUGAAAAGUAAAUGUUUGAAGCGCCGGUCCUCAUAACCCCAACUCAGCUAAGCUGAAUGAACUUAAAAUAAAGCAAUCUGCCGCCAGUUUUGACAAACAUGCGAUUUGCAAGAGAAGUAGUCUACUACCCAUAUCACACCGAAAGAUGUCUUUUUCUGGGAAAAUAUGGGUAGGCGUGAAGUAUAAAUGGCAGAAUGUGUUGGAUUGCAUCGUAGUUGUAGUUUUUGAGUUGGGGUUAGGAGGAAUCGGCGUUUCGAAUCUUUGCGAUUUUUACAAGGUCAAACUAUAGGGUAUAACAUGGUAUAUACACUGGAGGUCUAUUUAUUUGAUACAGUGGCCUGUGAUUUUACUUCCAUCUAGUUAUGAUAUUUCACACUAAGCGCAUAAUCCUGUGACAUUUCAGGCGUGGGAAUUAUCUCCUCAUCUGUCCCAUAGUAUCUCCAGUUACAUCCAUUCACCGUAAACAUCAUUACGUCUCAUAUCCUACCCCUAUAUUGCUUCAGUCGUUACCCAUGUCGCAAGCUGGCUAUGCGGAGGAUACAAUCAUUCCUAAACUCCAUCCGUGGCGCAUUAGGGCUAUUUACCACGCAGACGUGUGCACAGAGAUGACUGCAGUAGCCUAUAUAUUAUAGUAGCCUGUAUAUUAUAGUGACCCAUAUCCUCAGCAUGCGUUACACCAUCUUGAUGCGUUAACUAUUAACUUUACAUUUUAUGACAGCAUUUCUCAAGUGAUUAACAUACUACAUUGUAUUUCACAUCGUAAUUAAGGUAAUAAGUUGUCUUAAAGAGCACAUAUUUACCCCGGGCUGUGUCCCGUUUCCUCCCACUAUAAUGCUGGCCGCGUCGUAUAAGUGAAAUAUUCUCGAGUAAAACACCACUCAAAAUAAAACAAAAUGAAGAGGGCAUACCGAAGAUGUUUGGCAAAAUUCCGUAUUCUCUGAUCAUAUCGAAUUUCUCUAUUUACCUAGUUCUAACUCCUAUUAUUACCUUCCAUAAAAAUACGGCUCGUACACUGCUAUUUAUAAUGUUAAAAUGAUUCCAAUGUUUGAAAAAGUUAUACUGCUAUACCCGCUUGACAAAUUUUGGAACUUUAUUAUUGAUUUUGAACGUUAACACGUGCGGACAAGGCUGCGAUUCUGAAGUUGCAGAAAUUCGGCUGUAUUUGUGCUGAUCGAUUUUUUUUUUUUUGCCAAAAUGUCCGGUUUAACCUCUGUAAAGAAUGACUUGAACGCUGAUCGUCGAGAAAUAUAAGUGAAAACACGGUAUUCAUCAUUUGAUACUUGUAUUUCACAACUGUUCAUAUUACUUCAUUUGAAACAAAAAGAAUGGGUCGAUUUUACUUUGAGGUUUGGUUAAAAAUAUCUGGAACCAUUUAUCGGAUUUAGUUACAAAUUAAAGUUGAAUAGCACAGAACAUACCGACUUAUAAUCGUGGAGUAUAGUAUUAUGCCUUAAAGAGAAUCCUGAAUACAGUGAUUAUGUAGUCUUCACCUUGUAUAGAAUACAAACCGCCAGAAGUAUACUUAAACUCACUCACGAAUAAAAUUCAGCUUUUCAUCCAUACUAUAUAUACAGCUAUGUGAAAUUUUUACUACUUGUUAUUACUUACACAAUAAAACUCAUGUCGACAUAUUUCCAUGACUUGGGUUGAAUGCUUACUGGCAUGAUAACGAAUAUUUUCGCCAUCAACAAUAACAAAUCUGAUCAGCUAUCAGAGAUUACGUUCCAACUACACCACCCCGCACCAUCCCAACACACCGACUUCAUCACAUGGAUGCCUUUCUUAUGUCGUCAACACCACAUGCGCCUUCAGACUACCGACAUGCUUAAAUUCUCCAUA